AUGACCAGGCUUACGAUUCUGUACGGGACGCAGACUGGCAACGCGGAGCGACUAGCGCUGCGCAUCGCUCGACUGGCACUUUGCCAGGGGUUCGAGUGCGUCUCGUGCCUGCCCGCCGAUGACUUGCCUAUCGCUGAGUGGCCGCACACCGGAGGGCCUGUCGUUCUUAUCUGCUCCAACGCGAAUCAAGGUGAUGCCCCAAACACGUUUCGCCGGUCGUGGGCGUCGCUGCUACAACCCACCGCCGCAGGCAGCAUGGAGGGCCUGCAGUACGCUGUCUUCGGCUUGGGCGACUCUCUGUAUCUCAAGUUCAACCACAUGGCCAAGAUGGUGCACAACCGUCUCCGGCAGCUUGGCGGCACCCCGAUGGUGAUGCGCGGGCUGGGAGAUGAGAGUGACGCGAAGGGCGUGGAGGAGACAUUGCAGCCCUGGCUCGCGGAGCUGUGGACAGCACUUGGGAAACCGGGCAAGCGCGGUGCUGCCGCACGUACGCCGGCUUACCCGCUGGCGGACCUUCCUUUCUUUCCUCUUUUCAGCAUUGCACCCGCCUCGGCGUGCGACGAGGCAACAGCUGGCGCGCCGUCUUCUUCCGUUAACGCCUCCGCCGCGCCACUGCCGUAUUUUGCUGACUCUGUAUUCUCCUGCGAGGUGGUGGCGAACAGGCGCCUCACAUCUGCUGCGUGCGAGCAGGUGGUUCAUCACCUGGAGCUUCGCGCGGGUCCGGACAGCACGGACGCCGCGGCGUACGAUGUCGGCGAUGCGCUCGGCAUCUACUGCCCCAAUCGUGAAGAGCUAGUAGAGGAGCUGCUGCGCGAACUGCAGCAAGACGGGGCAGAGAUGGUGAUGGUGACCCCAGACGCCUCGCAUGGACUCGUCCGUCAGCCCGCCCGCCCCUUCUUUGGGCGGCCUCUCUCGCUACGUUCGUUACUUCGUCACUACUUUGACCUGGACGCCGUGGUGUCACAAGAGUUCUUGUGGAUGCUCGCGCAUGAGGUGACUGGGGAGGAAGAGGGCGCGGUCGACGUGCGGGAACGCCUCUACGAGCUGGCAGAUCCGGCCAACGUGAACGAUUACCUGCAGUAUGCGCACCGUGAGAAGCGCAACAUAUGUGAGGUGCUGCACGACUUCAAGGACCUUCAUCCAUCUCUGGAGCUGGUCUUGUCGUUUGCGAUGCCGAUGCUGCCGCGCUACUUCUCCAUCGCCUCCGCGCCAGCAAUGGACGGCGCAGGCCGUUUCGACCUCUGCGUAGGGCUGCUGGACUGGCACACGCCACUGAAGCGCCACCGCACCGGGCUCUGCAGCUCCUACCUAGUGAAGGCCGCCCCCGGGACACGGCUGACGUGUUUUGUCUGGCAGGGUUCCCUUGCACUUCCUGCUACACCGACGCCGCUGCUGUGCAUCGCAACAGGGACGGGCGUUGCGCCAAUUCGCAAUGUUCUGCGGCAGGUCGCCGGUCUCUCCGCGCAGGGCUGGGAAGAUGUGCCGGUGGUGCUUGUGUUUGGAUGCCGACGUGAGGCGGAGGAUUACCUGUACCGCGAGGAGUGGGCUACGCUGAAGGAGACGGGCGCACUGCCCACCCUCCGAGUGAUCCCGGCCUUCUCGCGGGACACCGACAAGAAGGUUUACGUGCAGCACAAACUCGGCCAGCACGCAAAACUGACGUCGUCCUUUUUGCAGCCCGAAGGUGCCGGUGUCCCGCCUGGCGUGGUGUACGUGUGCGGAAACGCGAAGCAGAUGCCGAAGGAUGUGCAGCACACCCUAGAGCAGAUUGUCGAGGCGACCGUGGCGGAGGUGCAGGACGAAGCCGGGGCGGCCGCGCACAUCAGGGCUCUUGGCCGCGUGGGUCGCUAUCAGGUCGACUCGUGGUCGGCGUAG